UCAGGUGUAUGUGCAAUACGUUCAGGUAUCAGCACGUAGUUCACCAUUAUGGCAAUGGAUGUGUCCUUGGUCUUACCGGUUGUGUUAUCUCUGAUAACACAAAUACAAGGUUGUGACCUCCUUAAAGGGUCUCAGUAUUAUUUGGUGACUCCUGGGACUUCAUUGGUCAACCGAUUGUCCAUUGGUGCCACUCAUGGUGUUGACACCGUCAAGGGUGGUCAGAAAUGUACUAUCCGACCCGUUCAGGACGGACCUGCACCAGGUUUAGAAGAGAGGAGUAAAGCAGUCGGGUGGGGACCGUAUCAAGAGUGUCAGAAGUCGGAUAUUGGCAGGCAACCUGAUAUAUACCAUCCUUACAUGAAGUCUUUAGUCCCGCCUACAGAAACCAAUCUAUUCAAACAGAUGCACUUGGACCGAGGUUGGUAUUUGCGGUACGGUUCACUUCCCAACACAGCCGUUCGACAUGGCGCCACCGUCACAGAGAAACUUCGUCCCAGACAACCGCGCAGAGAUCUACAAACAAAGCUUGUCAUAACUCUCUUGCUGGGUCUUGUAACCAUGCUGGUGAUGGGGACAACUAUUGAUGUAGCGAUCCGUACUAGACCCGCAUUGUCAGUUUCUAUGACAACCUAUAUGCAACGUAUGACUUGGUGUAGAGUUCUGAAAUGCUUCUCUGUGUAUACCAACACCCUGAAACUAUUCGAUGUCACGGUGUCCUCGGACAGACUCGGAUGUCUCAAUGGUAUCCGUACAUUCUCCCAGCUCUGGAUUCUCUUCAGCCGCCUGCAUGCGUCAACUCUGGAUAAAGUCGCAACGAAAGGGUUAGCUGUAGCUCUGCCGUUGCCAUGGAGAAUUCUGAGACCAUAUGUAAGGGGUUAUCUGUCGGAGUCGUCCUAUGUUAUGAGUGGUUUACAGAUAACACUUACCAGUCUGGAACAAAAGCAGAAAGGGAAAAUAGACUGGAAGAAGCUGUAUCUACAAAGAUAUCUGCGAGCCACACCCCCAGCCAUCCUCGUCCUGCUGAUACUGACCACAUUCCUACCCUAUUUUUACAACGGAUCUCAAGACGUGAAAUUCCGAAACUGCUUACCGUGGUGGACGUACGCCACGCCCAUUAAAAUACACGAUGUUCCGCAUCGGGACUGUUUGCCUCAGGUGUUGUCAAGAAGGAUGGAUUUGAUGUAUGCUUUAGCAAGUCCACUGAUUUUUCAACCCCUCAUAUUAUCACCAACCCCAGGGUUAAUCUUGUCAGUCUUUGCGAGUGCGUCCUUCUUCCUUGUGAGUGAAUUAAAGUUUCGUCACGAUUCUGUACUGCAUCGCCUGCUCGGUAGAAGACGGUUUGGAUCCUACAUUGUCGGUGUCCUGGUCGGUUAUAUUCUGUUCAAGAACAAAGACAAAAUUGCACUACGCAAGAUAACACAGAUCAUCGCUUGGAGUUGUGCCCUUGGCGUCAUUUUCUUCCAUGUUUUCGGGGAGAGUUUAACGUGUACAGCGUUGAUCAGAGACACCCUGGGCUUCUACUAUGAACCGGUAUUCAAGGUGUUGUGGACAUUAAGUUUUGGGUGGAUCGUCAUCGCCUGUUGUACAGGUAACGGAGGCGUCAUCAACCAGUUUUUGUCGUGGAAGGUGAUGGUGCCCCUCAGUAAGCUAGGUUACAGCUCCUUCCUCACCCGCAUCGCUGUCGGUCACGUCUACAGCGCCAGAUUACAGGACAACUGCCACAACACGUGGUUUGAUACGGUGACGUCCUACACCUGGGUUACCUUCUACGCCCUGUCAGCAGCGUUCCUGCUCCAUCUUCUGUGUGUGGCUCCAGUAGGCAACCUGGUAGUGUUGUUGUGGAGCAGGGGCAAGGUGUCUAAAGAGUCACGUGUCAAGGAUGAGGACGACCCCACAGCAAUCAAAUCUCCCGAUCACAAACUUACGUCCAAUUGAGGGUAAUCAACACUAAUCAUUUCGUUCAAAUUAUGAACGUGUGCAUAUAUUGUAUAUGUACAGUCUAGGUGUUGGUUACUAACUUGAUAAUGAUGCGAUCGCCUCUACUAGACCCUGUAUUCGUUAACACCAGACAUCAUCUUUUUUUAUUGGCGAUUCAUAAACACAUGCUUAUUAUAUAGUCGGAAAUGUACAAUCGACUUUGGUUUAAGCAGAGAUUUGUUAUGGAUGUUGAAAGGGUUUUGCAGCUUCUUUUCACGAAGAGAAAUUUAUUCAAGGAUUAAUAUACAUGGAGAGAGGUG